AUGCCUUCACCCAAGAUCAACGCAGAGGUCAACAUCACACACAUCGGGACCGCCACCGCUAUCCUCCAAAUCAAUGGCGUCAACCUCCUCACCGACCCUUUCUUCUCUCCUGCUGGAACCCAGUGGGACCGUGGUGUGGUAAUUCUCGAGAACACCGACACCCCUGCCAUGGCACUACAUGACUUGCCCGCCAUUGAUGCUGUUCUGCUCAGCCAUGAAGACCACCCCGAUAAUUUGGAUGAGCUGGGCCGACAACUGCUUGAUGGUAGAAGAGUCAUCACCACCAUGGACGGAGCAAAGAACCUGGCACCACGCCCUGAUGUCAGGGGAAUAUCUCCUUGGGAAACUCUGCCUCUCAAUGUUGGCGGCGAGCAGUUUAGCGUCACUGGAGUACCCUGCCAACACGUCCCAGGCCAGGAGUGUACCGGCUUCAUCAUCACAUCCCCCACCUUCGGAGAAACAGAUGGCCUCCCAAAUGCAAUCUACUUUUCCGGAGACACCGUCUACUUUGAGGAACUCGCAGAGAUGAGAAACAAGUUCCAUAUUAGCAUCGCAAUGUUCAACAUUGGGGCCGCCAUUGUUGCGAUGCCCGACGGCACAAAGAAACAGAUUACAAUGUGUGGAAAGCAAGCCAGUCGUUUGUUCCGAGAGAUUGGAGCUGAUGUGCUCGUUCCUAUGCACUACGAGUCUUGGGGCCACUUCACAGAGAAUGGAGAGAAACUUUCUGAGUCGUUUGAGAAGGAGGGGAUUUUGGAACAUGUUUCGUGGCUCCAACCCGGUGUUCAAAAGAUCAUUUCUUCAAGGGAAAAUUGA